AUGCCUACCCUCGUCGUUCUUGGUGCUGGCCUUGCCGGCCUGCCCAUUGCACACCAUGCCUUGAAGCAUACGGUGCCGCUGGUGAAAGACCUGAAGGUCAUCUUGGUGACGCCCAACUCCGAGCACUACUGGAACCUCGCCUCCGUCCGCGGCGUUGUGCCAGGCCAGUUUGGCGACGACGUGCUCUUCCACCCCAUUGAGCCGUCAUUCGCAAAGUACCCCCAGGAAAGCUACGAGGUCAUCAUCGGCAAGGCCGAGCAGCUCAACGACGACAAGAACACCGUCGACGUAGUGGUCAACGACGGCAGUCGUAGGUCAAUCGCAUACGACGCCGUCGUCAUCGCGACCGGCACCCGCGCCAAGGAGAGCAUGCCGUGGAAGGAGGUCGGCACGACGGAGGAGACCAAGAAGGCGCUCGGCGACAUCCGCCAGCAGCUCUCCAACGCCAAGAGCAUCGUCGUCGCCGGCGGUGGCGUCACGGGUACCGAGACGGUGGGCGAGAUCGGCUUCGAGUACUCGCAGAAGCGCAGCAAGGACGUCUACUUUAUCUACAACGACGACUUGCCCCUCGGCCCCCCCUUCACCGACAGCGUGCGCAAGGCGGCGCUCAACGAGCUGCAGAAGCUCAACGUCAAGACGAUCCACAACACCAAGGUCACGGGCGUCAAGACGGAGGCCAACGGACAAAAGACGCUCGAGCUCACGGACAAGAGCGGCAAGAAGACGACGCUGCAGACGGACGCGUACCUGCCGACCGUCGGCGCCAUCCCUAACACCGCCUUCUUGCCGUCCAACAUGCUUGACCCGCCCGGGUACGUCAAGCAGGACCAGAGCCUACGCGCGGUCGGCCACGACAACAUCUUUGUGGUGGGCGACGUCGGCAACCUCGAGGGCGCGUACGGGCGGCUGGCGGACUUGCAGGUGCAGCACGUGGUGAAGAGUAUUCAGGCUCACUUCACGGGCGCGCCGAGGCCGGCGCCGUAUGUCGUCGACCCCAAGGUCGUGGCCGGCAUUACGAUUGGACGGAGCAGGGCUACCGGCCAGAUGGGAACGUGGAGGUUGCCCAGCAUCAUCAUCUGGGCGUUCAAGGGCCGGUAUAUCGGCACUGACUACGCCAAGGAUUUCGCAGCGGGAUCAAGAACCAUGACGGUCACCAAGAACUGGUAG